AUGCAGGCUCCUAAGCAGAUCGACACCGGCUUCGGCUUCUGCCUCGCCCCCAUCGACCUUGAGGCUGCUCACUCCGCCGCUGAGCGCCUCCAUCACUUUUCGAUCAACCCUCCUACACCAGAGUACCCCAACGGCUUGACUCACGGCGCUGACUUUUAUCGCACCAACUUCACUAUGCCUAUCGCUUACCCUCGCUCCACCUAUUCGGAACCUCUCGCGGGCGGCGAGUCGCUUUCAGAGCUGCUUCCUGGAACGCACGAGGUCUUGUCGCAGAAUGCACGCGCAGUCGAUGCUUGUCACUUUGUCCCCGUGAAGGUGGAGCCCACACCAGGUCUCUACACGCCCUUCGUACGAGGGGGUACCAACCCGAAGCAGCUGCGCAAGCGUCGUGUUCUGGUUGUAGAGCGUUUGAUCCCCAAGCGUGUGUCCACGAACCCGGAUGCAAAGAUCCUCCUCCUCACCCACGGUCUCGGAUUCUCUAAAGAGUGCUACAUUCCCCUUGUAGAUGAGCUCUUGCGUAACAGGCCCAACGAAAUUGAAGAGAUCUGGAUGAUUGACACACUCGGCCACGGCAUGUCGGCUGUCGUCAACCGCCAGCUCGACGACCCUUCACCGCUCGAGUUUAGCGAUCGUUGCAUUGAUGGUAACGACCUCGCACGUGAUAUUCUGCAAUUCAUCUGCUGCUUUAUGCCUUCAACUCGCACUUCGACCCCGGCGGAGCCCUCGCGCACGCUCGACUUUCAUCUUCCUCGCUUGCCUAGGAAAAAGCUUGUGGGUAUCGGCCACUCUUUCGGUGGUGCAGCGCUUUCGCAAGCUUCCUACCACUUCCCGGAGUUGUUUGACUCUGUCAUUCUCUUGGAAAGCAUCCUGGGUACGUUUGAGCAAGUAGACCGCAUUCACGCUGUACCGCUGGCCCGGUACACGUUGCUCAAGAAGGACCGCUGGGAAUCGCGCGAGGAGGCUCGCCACGAUGCUGACUCUGACAAGCACAUGCAGUUGUGGCAUCCUUCAGUGCGAGAUGCCUUUGCUGUCGGCAUGGUCACUGAAUCUUUGACUAUCCCCGGCACUUUUGAAAGGAGUGCGGACAAGGUAGCUGAAGCUCUUUCGAUUCGUGGCAACCGACCCGGUAUGCAGAUUUCGCAAUACCUACACUGCCUCCCAUCGCGCCUUCCUGUUCUCUUUAUUUCCGCACACAAACCGCUCCUCCUUCCACUUGAAGAAGUCUUCCACACUGCUCAAAGCAUCCCCAACCUUCAUUUUGAGGUGAUGACCGGCACCCACAAUCUCCCACACGAGCGCCCCAUCGACAUUGCUCACCGCAUCCUGCGCUUCUGGCGUGAGACGGAUGUAUCCGUUCCGUUCUUCCGCGAAAGCAGACUUUAG